CCAGCCAGGGUCAAACCAUGACACGGGCAGAUCGUGGGGCAGGCGCACGCCAGGAGCCGCGCCGAGCAGGUGCACUUGCUGCACUGCUACUUCGUGCGCUCAGGGAACCCCAAGGUGCCGGUGCUGUACAAGGUGGAGUGCACCCGCUUGGGGAAGAGCUUCUCCGUCCGCUCCGUGAAGGCCAUCCAGCACGGGCAGCCAAUCUUCACCUGCCAGGCCUCCUUCCAGUGCUCCCAGGAGAGCCUAGUGCACCACCAGUUCACCAUGCCCACUGUGCUGCCCCGCAAGGAGCUGCUCACACAAGAGGAACGCAUCCAGAAGUUUCUGCAGAAUCCUAACUUGACAGAAAAUCUCAACAAGAUUCAAGCUGAAGUUGUGCCGAUUGAUAUCAAACGCAUGAACCCGCCAGAUGUUUUCUCCCUGGAGCCACAGGAGCUGAAGCAGCUCUUCUGCGUGCGAGCGCGAGGCUACAUAGGAGAGGCCAACAUGAAGGUCCACUGCUGUGUGGACGCCUAAAUCUCUGACUACGCCUUCCUGGGCACAGCCCUACAGCAGUACCACAUCAAGUUCAUGGUGUUCCUCGACCAUUCCAUGUGGUUCCACGCAUCCUUCCGAGCAGACCACUGGAUGCUGUACGAAUGCGAGAGCCCCUGGACCAGCGGGUGCUGGGCACUG